AUGACCGCGGGCGUCGCGCGCGAUCUCGUCGACGCGCUGAACGCGCGCGAGGACGUCGCGCGCGCGGUCGCCUCGGUCGUGUGCUCCACGGGCGCGAGAGCGUUGCCCAGCGACGUGGUGGUGUCGCUCGGGUUUCGCUCACAUGAUUUCGUGAACGACGCCAACUGGGACGAUUCCUUGACGACGGAGGAGCGACGGACGGUGUUGAGGUACGUCAACGCGUGCCCGGAGAUAUUUCACGCGUUCGCGUCGACGGCGCACGUCGGCACGGGUGGGGAGACGCGAUGCAGUCGGUUCGCGCGAGGGGUGGCGGCGGACGUCGCGGAACGCGCGGCGGCGUUCGCGAAGGCGCACGGGGCGCGAACGAUGGAAGAUCCGGACGAUUUGAGAGGUAAAGCGACGCGUGAUGGUGGGCGAGGAGAUGGGAGGGGUGGGGCGAAGGACGCUGGCGAUCGGAACGGGGGGAAACGGGCGGCGCCUCGCGCGGCGCCUCGCGCGGCAACUCCGGCGACCCCGGCGCCGUGGCUCGCGGCGUCCGCCACGCGCUCUUCGGACGUCGCGGAGGCGAAACCGACGACGAGUUUGAAAGAUAUCAUGGCAUUAGAGUCGCGUCAGAGCUCUCGUCCCAUUCCAUCGACUCGUGCGGACACGAGGACUCGCGCGGCGGCGCCGAAGCUCCCGGUGAUCACGGCCGAGCUCUUGCGCAGAGAGUCAAGGAGGUCGGUGAUGGAUAAGUUUGGCAAGGUGCGCUGUAACGUGUGCGGACGCACGUUCAAGGCGUACGACGCGCUCGAGCAGCAUAUAGGGGCGUCGCACUACGGUUUGAAUAACCCAGAGGCGAAGGCGUUGGAGACGGCGCUCAUCGCCGCGGGACUCGCGCCGGCGGGCGGCGACGGCAAGAAUCGCGUGUCGCUGAAGCUCGGAGACUUGGUGUCGUCGACGACAAAGACGUCGAAUAGCAUGGUGAAUUCACUCGCUGCGUACUUCAAGACGGAGAAACAGACAUCGCAGCGCGCCGAGAAGAAGGAGGGUAAUAUUCACGGCGGACAGUUCGUGCGAAGCACGAACAUGGCGAGCACGUCCGGCAUGGUACUUCGUCGCGGCGUCGAGCGAAGGGAUGGAAAGAAAAAGAAACGAUCAACGUUAAAAAAGAUUAUUCUCGCCGAUCGUGCGUUACGGCGAGAGGCAGAGACGGAUAAGAAUGCGACGGUAGACGAAGUCGAGGUUGAGGUUGAGGUGCGCGUCGGUUGGGUGUACGUCGUGCUUGAGUUUGUCGAGAACGAAGACGUUCGAGUGCGUUUGAUGUGCAUGGAAGAUGACCCUAAUGAUAAAGAUGGGUCGUCGACCGACGAGGGCGAGGAUGAGGACGCCGAGAGGGAUGAUGCGGGUGACGGCGUUUCGACGAAAGAAAAGUUGGAGGUAAUUGAGGCGCGAGCGCCCGCGGGCGCGUGGGGUGUACGAAGUCUGGCCGACGUCUUGAAGGGAGCCGAACCGAAGGCACCUCCCAAGGUGAAACAAGAGGCACGUACGUGCGAAGUGUGCAACGUGCAGUGCUUCGGCGAGCGCGCCUGGGAGGCGCACAUCGCGGGUAAGGUGCAUGCGAAGAAGCUUUCAUUUCGGGACGAUCCCGAGGCGGCGAAAAAGGCGGCCCUGAGCGCGAAAUCUUCGACCACCUACGUUGGCACUGAGGGCAUGGAGAACGCGAGGCACGCUAAUCAAAUCAUUACGGAAGAGCUCAAUGAAGCAACGACGGCGCUUCUGUCGACGUUGAAGCGAUUUCAAGACCGUCUGUAUCACACUGACAAGAUCAAGGCGAAGCAGCGAAGAAGGUUGCUCUACGGUUUGCGCGAAGUCGCGAAGAGCGUGGACGCGAAGACGAGUAAGGUGGUCAUAAUCGCACCCAACAUAGAAAAAAUUGAGAGCGAAGGCGGACUGGACGAUCGAAUCCAAGCCAUCAUUGCCGACGCGCGCGAGAAGGAAGUUCCAGUCGUGUUUGCACUCACCAAGCGACGCAUCGGUAAGGCGCUUAACAUCCAGGCCGUCUCCAUCGUGAGCGUCCUCGAUUACAACGGGGCCGAUGAAGAGUACAAGAAAGCCGUGAAACUCGCCGCGGAGGGCCGCGCGUUGUACAUCAAGCACAAACAAGCGAACACUGUUGUGGAACAGCCGAUGGCGAAACAACCGGCGCAGCUCAGUCUCGCCGCGGUGGAGUUCAUUCCGAUCGGCGCUCGAUGA